AUGAGCGCGACGUGCGCCAUGGCGGCGCCCAGCGCCGCGUGCAGCGAGCUCAGGGCCCCGCGGCGUGCUACCUGCGCGGCCUCUCGGCCUGCGGGCCCCCGCAACGGACGCUUCGCUCACUCUCCGACCACGCGCCGUGCGUCAAGCCGGCAUCGAAUGUCGGACGUGAGGGCAUCGUCCGAAAGCGUGGUUGCUUCUGGCCCGACCACGUUCCUGUACAAGCAGGUCGAGCUGGAGACCAAGUUCGGCAUCGCGCUCUUCGACAUCACGCCCCAGAUUCGCGAGGCGGUGAAGGAGGCGGCGGUUGCGCAUGGCACGGUGCACGUCGUGUCGCGGCACACCACGACGGCCGUGACGAUCAACGAGAUGGAGGACCGGCUCAUCGACGACGUGCGCCAGUGGUGCCUCAAAAUGGCGCCCCCGACGCACCCGUACCUGCACAACGACAUCCACCUGCGGGACGGCCCCCCGGACUGGCCGGGCGGCAACGAGGCGUGGCGUGCGCAGGAGCCGAUCAACGCGCACUCGCACCUGCUGAGCAUGAUGCUGGGCAACACCGCGAGCAUCCCGGUCGUGGGCGGCGACCUCGUGAUCGGCACGUGGCAGAGCGUGAUUCUCGUGGAGCUGGACGGGCCGCGCACGAGGACGGUGGGCGUGCAGGUCGUCGGGGUUGAGGGCGCGUGA